GUGUGUGUGUGUGUGUGUGUGUGUCCAUGUGUCUGCUUCCAGUCUAUCAAAGAACCUUAUCAGCGACCAAUCUGGAGACAUGCUACUGGAGGCUUUGAACAGCUGUACUCACCUGGAAGAGCUCCAUCUGCCUAGCAACAGUCUCGGUGAUCACACUGCUGCCAGGAUGGCCCUUGUUCUACCAUCACUGACACACAUCACUGUGCUGGAUAUUUCAGAGAACAGGAUUGGACAUGAAGGAUCAGUGAGCCUGUCCAAAGCGAUGAUGUGCAUGAAGAACCUCACCAAGAUCUAUCUGACCUCUGUUGGGACUUCAGAGCUGUGUCCUGUAGCUGCCAGCCUGGCCCACUGUCCCCUCAUACAGGAUGUGGGUCUGGGAUGGAACAAUUGUGGUGAUAAAGUGGCAGAGGAGCUGGUCAGAGUUAUGCCUCUCUGUCAGAAGCUGAAGAGAAUAGAUCUGGAGUCAAACGCUGUGAGUGUUUCUGCAGCGGAGGCCCUGGUUACAGCCUUACAGUCGUGUCCUGCUCUGCAGCUCAUCAGGCUGUGGAGGAACAAUGUCUCCCCCAGUGAGGCCCAGAGGCUCAGCCUGAGGGAGAGGAGACUGAAUUUCUCAUCCACCUAAUAUGAUCUGGAUCGUUGGACGGUGGCGGGCAGAAGUAACAUUCCAGUUCAUCAGAGUCUGCAGAGGUGAAUCAGUGCUACAGCUCCAGCAUCAAAUGGAGUUCACAUGUGUUUCCCUAAAGUAUGACCAUCAGAAAAGCAUGAGGAAUGAUCUUACAGCAAAUGAUUAAGAUCUCCAUGUGACAUUAUGUGUUUAAAAACCUUCAUUAUGUUGUGUAUCUGAGGACUGCAGCAGCUGGUGUCUCUAAUAGAAGGGUUAAAAGACCACUAUGCGGUCUACUAUGGGAGAGAACCCUAAUCACUUUUUCCCUAAAUUGUAAAUAAUGUGAAGAGGGAACAAUGCAAUUAAGUGCAGCUGUACUGUUGAAUUACUGUACUUAUGCUCAGGUUUAUGCUUGUUUAAAAAAGGAGAUGCACUUGUGACCUCUGGUGACUAGUAGUUCUCUUGAAUAUGUUGAAUACAC